GUUGUUAAUAAGUGAGGCUUGUGGACGUAAUACGCCAGGUUAUAAACAUGACCGUUAUAUAUUACCGUAUCAUGUAAUACAAAGGGACACGAUAAUAAACGAGGCGCGUGCAUAUUGCGUGCAGGGCUCAAGUUAAUGCAUACAUUGUAUGCGAGGAAAACUGUCGAUCGGUGGCGCUUUUCAAGAUGGCUACUACGAGCUAAUCCGAGCAAAUCGUACGAAAUACAUCGACUUUUUUCAACGUCCUAGUACAUCACUAGUAAGCUACAAGUACAGUGAAGAUGCCUAAAUAUCGGCCAAACGUUUUUAAGCACAAAGUCACUGUUCUCUCUCGGUCAUCAAAGGGAGGAAGAUUUAAGCGGAAGGAUGUACCCCUGAAGGACCUUUUUUCAUCAGGGCCCUCAGAUACCCAACAGAAGCCUCAGGAAAUCCAACAUGAAAUAAGUGUUGCUCCAUGUACCUCUUCCACCUUUUCUGUGAAUGUGGAGGAAGAGGCUGUAAACACGAGGAAAUAUGCUGCGAAGAAAAUAAAGCAGUGCAAUGCAUGGGUAGGCAAGAGGCUCUUAUUAGAGAAUGCCUUCUUUGAGAGCAGUGCUCCUCAUCUUCCAUGCUGCUCCUGUGGGACAGAUGAGGGAGACAGAGUACUGUGUCUUGACUGUGGCCCACAAGUCGUCCGCUGCAUUGACUGCACAAUGAGCUACCAUGAAGAUAGCAAUCAUCUCCACAAGCCGCAGUUGAUUUUGGAUGGAAUUUUGCAACCUUUUCCUCUCAAACCUUACCUGCGGAGAGUGGACCAUGACUGUGACAGUCGUUCCCGCAAGACAAUCCAGGUGUUUGAUGAAAAAGGACGACUUCACAACUGCUGGCUAGUUACAUGCUCAUGUGAGGAAGAAUGUGCUUCUUUAGUCCGGUUAAACUUAUGGCCAGCCUCACCAGACCAACCACGGGUAGCUUUUCACAUGGAUUUGAUGAACCUACUGCAUUUCCUCCUUCUAGAGGGGCAUAUGUCACUGAAAGGUGCAUGCCAAUCCUUGGGCUGUAGAAACGGACUUCCAUUGCAUGAGGUCAAUUUAUUGUAUCACAACUUGGUCAGUGAAUGCUUUGAGGAGUACCGGUAUUUUCGUUACCGGUGCCACAACCUAAAUGCAGUGCUGGAUGAAGACAUUAAGUGCCCAGCUUGUCCAAAGGAAAAUGGUGACUUGUUUGUUAGUCUAGACGCCAACUUCGGUCUUGUUAGGAAGCGAAGCUCAGGCGUGAGCUACACCGAUGCAAAACACAAGUCCCUCCUGUUUGCCCCGCAGGAGGACGUAGACCACUUUGUAAACGUGUACGAUGACCACAAUAUUUCUAAUGACUGCAGCAACUUCCAAGCCGGCGACGUUCUUCGUGCCAAAAACAAAACCAAAAAACUGGACACAACAGGUGUCUUUGGAGCGUCGUGUCGGCAUGGUUUUCCCCUGUCAUUUCUCAACCUGCGUCAUGGAGAACGACUCGCAUAUGCAGCUUUCACCAUAGACUGCAUACUGGAGAAAGCACAACCAUCCGUCAAGCUUCAUGUCAUCUAUGAUAUUGCCUGUACGCUCACUGCCCACUUCAAGAAAAAAAAGGACAAGAAGCUUGAGCUGGAUAUGGCACUCCCUGUGUUCCAUGCCUAUGGGCACAAAAUGGCUUGCCAGGUGGCAUACAGCACCAGAUGGCGCUGCGGUUACGGGCUGACAGAUGGGGAGGUGAUGGAGAGGCUCUGGUCCUACUUAAGGCGCUUCUCAUCUAUAACCAAGGAGAUGACACCAGCCCAUAGAGAAGACCUUCUUACAGAUGCUCUUCUGCAUUACAGCCGUCGGAAAAGAGCUGACAUUGGCAGCAGCCUUGUACUUUUGAUGGACAGAGCAGUUAGAGUUAAAGAGGAUUCUAGCAAAGCACUUGAGGAAAUAUGUAGUGACUGCGCAGUGUCACUUAAAGAUAUCAAGGAUUGGAGGGAAGCAGAAAAGUGUCAAGUCGAUGUCUCAAAGUCAUCCACAAAAGGUCAAGUCCCAUGGAAGGAAAAGUAUGUGCAGAAACUGCUGCAUUAUGAACAGAGAAAGGAACAACUGGCACUGUGUGAUGAUGACACCAGGGCUGGAAUGCUUGCUGGCCAAUGUCAAGAGUUAGAUCAGGAUCUGAAGACCCUCGAGCAGAGGCAUGGCAUCCAGCGCUGGUGCAACGACAACCCUGCCUUCAUAACCCACCUGGCAGUGAUGAAGGGAAAGCAGCAGGUGGCACUCAUCCAAAAGCUGUGGUCACAUGCUGUUGAGUACACCUUUUUUUUGGACAUGUCCAAAAAGUAUUCAGAGGGACAGUCUGUGGCCACCAGACUAAGUAAGCAGAUACGGAAGUCUUCCAAAGCUUUGAGGAAACUGGUAUCUGCUUACAACAGCUGUGACUUCACUACACCACCGUCGUCAACAUCCCACAAAGAUGUGAUUGACUUGACUUCACAGCUGUACACAAACUUGACGGUGACAAAACAGGGUAGCACACCCAUUCCCUCCUCAACACGGCGAAGAGCUGUCGAUCUCAUCAAUUUGAGUGACUGGGCCAAGGAGGAGACUGCACUGGUUGAGAAGGAAAUGGCUCGAGUUCUCCAAUCAGUGUCAGACCGACACAACCAGUUGGUGGCACUCGUGAAAGAUCUGCGCUCAGCUGAGGCUGAUAGGGCUGAGGGCCUGCUGUUUUUAGUUGGGAAUGCCAUCCAAGAGCAAGAACAGCUGCACCUCAAUCUGGAAAAGUGUUUUUCAAAAUAUAUUCCCAUAUCAUCUUGCACCCCAUUUUUCAGGUCUACCAUACUUUCAGCAAUUUCUCCAGAACUUUCACCAUCAGAUGAGACUCCACUGUCUUCAGAUUCUUCAUCUGAUGAAAGUGAGGAUGAAGCUGUUAGUGAUUGAUUUCUAAACUGAGCUGAUAUACUGA